CAUCUAUCAGGGAUUAGAAUAAUUAAAUCACUUAAUUUGUGUUUAUGUAAUACACACACGUUUCAACGAACGUUCUUCAAGUGCUUCAAAGCGGUAUAUAAACUCUACGAGAAAGCUUUGUUAUUAAUCAGUAUCACGAUCUCAUCAUGUUGGCGUUGUUUGUACUCGUUAGCUUGGCAGCAGCUGCUCAUGGCUUUCCGAAUUCUUAUAUUAUCGGUGGAAAAGACGCUCCAGUGGGCGCGUAUCCGCAUCUGGUAUCUCUGAGAAAGAAUGGAUCUCACUCCUGCGGCGGAUCUAUCAUCUCUACACGCACCGUUCUCUCUGCAGCCCAUUGUGUUAUUUCUUACGUCAAAGAUCCCCGUGUUCUGGAAAUUCUGACUAUUCACGCCGGCACGAAUCUGUUGAGCGAAGAAGGAACUGUUUACAAAGCAAUCAAGGCCAUCCAUCACGAAAAUUACAAUAUGUAUAAAUUACUCAACGACAUUGGUGUGCUCAUUCUGUCGAGACCUGUUGAAUUCACUCCCACGAUUCAACCCAUUCGACUCGCGACCAACGACAUCGUCGCAGGCUCUCCUUGCGUUCUAAGCGGUUGGGGAAGAACCGCAAUCGGUGGUUUGUUCCCUGACAAGUUGCAACAUAUCAAGUUGAACGUUUAUGAUCAAAAGAAAUGCCAAGCCAUAUUCUGGCAAGUAAAGUCUUCUCACAUCUGCACGUAUACGAGAGCAGGCGAAGGCGCGUGUCAUGGUGAUUCCGGUAGUCCUCUUAUUGCUGGUGAUGUUCAAAUCGGUGUUGUUUCUUUCGCUUUGCCGUGCGCUCGCGGCGAGCCCGACGUGUUCACUAGAGUGUCCUCAUAUACGAAUUGGCUGAGGAAAAAUAUUGUUCUAAUGCAUCUUCGCUUCACUUGUGUGUCAUCGAGAAAUCUGCCAUCAAAGAUGCACGCGUUUGCUUGUCUUGUUCUCAUCGCUUUGGCGUGCGCCGUCCAAGGCGCUCCGAAUCCUCGUAUCGUCGGCGGCAAAGAUGCUCCCAUCGGCAAAUAUCCGUAUCAGAUAUCGUUAAGAUUUCUCGGCUCGCACACAUGCGGUGGAUCCAUACUAGAUACUCGUAACGUAUUAACUGCAGCGCAUUGCGUAGAUGGGAGGAGCAGCUAUCCCGAAUAUUUCUCAGUUCAUGCUGGCACGAACUUUUUAAAUAAAACGGGAGACGAGUACAAAGUAGAAAAUAUAAGCAUUCAUCCGAAUUACGAUAGUUAUCUCAUCAGAAAUGACGUUGCUGUGCUUCAUCUCAAGAAACCUAUCAAAUACAGCGACAAGGUGAAGGCAAUAUCACUUUCGAGAAAUGACACAGGUCGUGAAAACAGAUCCUGCACGUUAUCCGGAUGGGGAACCACUAGGCUUGGUGGCAACGUUCCGAACAAGCUACAAGAAAUUGAUUUGAUAGUUUAUCCUCAAGACCAAUGCAAAGAGACACAGUGGAGAGUACAGGAUGGUCAUAUUUGCACCUUUACCAAAGCGGGACAAGGAGCGUGUCAUGGCGAUUCUGGCGGACCAUUGGUGGCCAACGGCACUCAAAUUGGAAUCGUUUCCUUCGGUACACCUUGUGCGCGUGGAUAUCCGGACGUGUACACGAGAGUGUCCAAGUACGAAAAUUGGAUCAACGCGCAUCUUAUAAAAUAAAGGACUAUUUAUUCUUAUAUCAAAUCAAUCCUAUAUAAAGGACUAUUUAUUCCUAUAUCAAAGUCACUUCAAUAUGUAUUUACGAAACAAUGUUCAAUAAAUAUCGUGUAAAUAUCGCGAUAGAGUAA